AAUCAAUGAUAAAAUUCUACCGCACACAGUGCAGUGGCUUCGCUCUAUUUAAGCAGUUGAGUGUACAAAUAAUUAGCCUCAGAACCCAAACUCAAUAUUCAUCCACUAUCACUUUGUACUGCAAUUGCUCUCUUUUUCUUUUCUUCGCAAAGAUGGUCGGAACUUCUGAUCUAUCCAGAGAAGUUUUCGCCGACUCCUCAUCCUUGAACAAUCCCAAAAAACCUAAAAGAAAUAAGUAUGCAUUUAUCUGUGCUAUUUUAGCUUCCAUGACUUCCAUCCUACUUGGCUAUGACACGGGAGUGUUGAGUGGAGCAGCCAUCUACAUCAAAAAAGAUCUCCGAUUCACAGACGUCCAGAUCGAAGUUAUCGUGGGAAUAAUCAACAUCUUCUCCCUCCUGGGCUCCGCCGUGGCCGGAAGAACCUCAGACUGGAUCGGCAGACGUUACACCAUGGUACUAGCCGGCGUCAUAUUUUUUCUGGGAGCCAUUUUGAUGGGGUUUGCCACAAACUUUGCAUUUCUCAUGGUUGGCCGGUUUGUUGCCGGACUUGGAGUUGGUUACGCUAUGAUGAUCGCUCCGGUGUACACGGCUGAGGUUGCUCCGGCGUCGUCCCGGGGUUUUCUCACUUCAUUCCCGGAGGUUUUCAUUAAUGCCGGGGUGUUGCUCGGGUAUGUAUCGAACUUUGCAUUUGCCAAAUGUCCACUUUGGUUAGGCUGGCGACUCAUGCUUGGGAUCGGAGCACUUCCUUCAGUUGCUUUGGCCGUUUUUGUGUUAUAUAUGCCUGAGUCGCCGCGUUGGCUGGUUAUGAAGGGCCGGCUUGGUGAAGCGAGGGAGGUACUGGAGAAAACCUCGACGAGCAAGGAAGAAGCUCACCAGAGGCUAUCUGAUAUCAAGGAAGCUGCUGGGAUUGAUAAAGAUUGUAAUGCUGAUGUUGUGGAAGUUCCAAAACGUAAGAAAGACGAGGCGGUGUGGAAGGAAUUGAUCCUUCACCCUACACCCGCUGUUCGCCAUGCUGCAAUUACGGGCAUUGGGAUUCAUUUCUUCCAACAGGCUUGUGGUAUUGAUGCUGUUGUUCUGUACAGCCCUCGGAUUUUUGAGAAAGCGGGUAUCAAAAGUGAUGAUAAGAAGCUGCUGGCAACAAUUGCUGUUGGAAUCUGCAAAACGGUCUUUAUUCUGAUAUCGACGUUUCAGCUAGAUAAAAUUGGACGACGCCCACUGAUGUUAACAAGUAUGGGGGGUAUGGUUAUUUCUCUACUUGUACUGGCGGGAUCACUGACGGUUAUUAACCGCUCAGAUCAUACUAUUGGCUGGGCUGUCGGUUUGGCAAUAUUUGCUGUGUAUGCUUUUGUGUCAAUAUUUUCGAGUGGGAUGGGACCAAUUGCUUGGGUUUAUAGUUCGGAGGUGUUCCCUUUGAGGCUAAGGGCACAGGGCUGUAGUAUUGGAGUGGCGGUGAACCGUGGCAUGAGUGGCAUCAUUGGAAUGACAUUUUUAUCAAUGUACAAGGCCAUGACUAUUGGUGGUGCAUUCCUUUUAUUUGCCGUGAUUGCAGCUAUCGGGUGGGUGUUUAUGUACACACUGUUCCCAGAAACACAAGGUCGAAAUCUGGAAGAAAUUGAAUUAUUGUUUGGCAGCUACUUUAACUGGAGGAAGACAUUGAGGGAUUUGAAGGCAAAAGAAGCCGCAGAAGCAAAGAAUCACGAGGUUGUGGUUUAGGUUAAUGUAAGGUUGAAAGAUGUUAUAUUAGCUUUGUGUAAAGGGUAGUUUUAAAAAAGCCCUUAGUGCGUUUUGGAGUAUGUGUGACAUGUUUAUUAACCAUCACACUAGGAUUUAUAAUAAGAGGGACGAAGAAGCCAUUCGUAUUUGUUAUGUGCUUAUCUACUGAAAUGAAUUUGCUCAAUAGUACCAAUAUUAUAUAUUGCAUUCUGUUUUUGCUGCUUCA